CUCGUCCAAGUCCAACCUCCCUGGGCGUUCUGUCCCCGCCUUCCAAUGGGCCGCGGUCGCCUAGCAACCAUGCAGCAUCAAAGCACGGGCAGGCCCUGAAAACAUCGCGGGGACUCGGGGCGGCGUUCCAACGCGCGCGCGCCCUCCCGGGCCCCGUCGCGCCGAUCAAGGCCCGCGUCUCUCUCUCCCUCUCCCCGGGGUCGCGACGCCAUGUUCCCGAAUAUUGUGGACAUGGGCCGGCGGAGAAGGGCCCCUCCGCGACAGGUCCCAGAUACCUUCAGAGUAUUUAAUAUUGAGUUUCCAGAAAGGAACAAAAUACUAGGGAAGAUCGAAGAUGUAUAUAUUCCAAAGAACAAACAGCAACGAUAUACACUAGAGUGGCGCAAUAACCCCCACCCGAUCCAUGCAAAAUGCAUAAAGACAAACACCAAAUAUUUUAAUGAGCCAAUACUGUAUAUGGACACAGAAGAUACAAAAACAAAGCAGGAUCAUUGGUGGCCAAGCGGCGAACCUUUUGUGCAGCGUCCAAAGCCACCCUACAGCAAACAGAGCACCCAGAGAAAUGACUUCCAGAAGCCCGACUGCAUGUUGUCUCGUCCAGCUAAAUACCAUGGCAAGCUGCAGCCUUCUUGUGGAAUAGUUCCCCUUGCAUCUCCUCGACCCCCGGGCAGUCUCCCAAGACUUUUCCAAGAGCAACUCACGUUCAAACAGCAUUAUGAUGCCAGAGCGACUCCCUGCAUCCCCUAUCAAGGGAAGAAACGUGGGGCUUUUGUGUGGACGGAGAUAAAACCAGAGAAGGGAGUGGCCGUGGCUCCUGAGGGAACCCAAACACGGCUGUGUCCCGCUCAAGGGUCAGCCCUCUUGGAACAUCACAAAACGGAGAAAGGAAGCGCCGCGAAAAACAGCACAACCUCAGACUGCAUUUCCUCACCGGCAUCCCAGGAGACUCUGCCAGACUGCAAGAUGGCCUUAUCAAAACCAGACGUCAUGUCUGGAGCCAAACCAGCCCUCCAGAUCUCGGAGAAGGGACAGGGGAGUUCAGAGGUUUUUCAGACAGAUAAAGUGGAUGUCAGCUCUCCUUCCAUCCCGCUUGCCGAGGGAGGGUUCGGCUGACAAACUGCAGGCCCUGUUAGCCCCUCUUCAAGCUGCAUAGUUGUCAGGAGAAACUCAAACAAACCCAGAAAGGAUCGUCCGAGCGAGGAGGAACAGGUCCGGUGUUAAAUACAGUGUACGCCAACACAAACUGACGCCAGCAAAAUCGUUUGAGGCAACCAGCUCUUGCUUUUUACAUAACAACAGCUGCAGAGGGGGCUUGGAUGGCUUUUGCAAAGAACAAGAAGCGUGUUAAAAAGGCACUAUGAAUCUUUCAUACUCCCUGUUCCUCCUCUCACCGCCCACUGGUGCAUGAGAUCCUCCCCCACCCUGCAACUCAUGUGCUGAUACAAAAUCAUCUAGAUUGCUCAUUUGCUAGGAAGAAGAAUUUAAUAUGACCGAGAAUGUCAGGAAUGAAUAACAAUCAGCAAUUAAUAAUGUUGGGGGGGGAUAUUACUGGUGAUGUUUUCUACAUUUUAUAUGAUCUGCAGCUGAUUCUUGAAUUGUGUGUGUUUUUGAAACAGUUAUGAUUCUGGCAUCUUUAAGAAUACAUAUCCUAAAAGGAAUUGUGGGUUUCACAUUUUUAGGGAAGUUCGUGAAAUCUUCCCUCUGAAAAAAUCUUCCCUCCUCAGGAACAUGAGGAGGACACAGACCGGGAAGAAAUACAAAAACAAGAGCAGGUGGUACCUAUAUUAAAAAGAGAGAUGGUUUUUGAUCUAUACCAGUUUUCAUCAGGCUGUAUAUUGUGGAUGAUAUAGAAAAAACAUACGGGUUUUCCAAAAGUUAUGACUAGAUGUCCAUUCCAGGUCUGUUUCUUACAAUGAGUUCCAAAAUGCAAGCUGCAAACACAAGUUGGGAGUGUAGCUUUCAAAUUCUCCCCCUGGUAGCUGUAGAUC